CUUCUCACACUGGGACUUCCCUGGCUUCAUCCUCUUCACUCUCUACCCCCUCCCUCCCUCUCCCUUUCUCUGAGUCUGAGACAACAAAGGCUUGAAGUCCACCGUCCAUGGCGGCAUGCGUGACCGAUACGGCUCGAGCCGCCGCUUGCAGAAACGGUGAAGCGGCGGCUCACCUGAAAGUGAUAUCGAUCUUCGUGAUUUUCUUCACCAGUAUGUUAGGCAUGUCGUUGCCGGUGCUAUUAGCCCGAUAUUUCCAAGGGAAAUCGCUCUACGAUAAGGCAAUCGUAGUGAUUAAGUGCUUCGCCGCCGGUGUAAUCCUCUCCACCUCUCUCGUCCACGUCCUCCCCGACGCUUUCGCCGCACUCUCCGAUUGCCAGGUGGCUUCAAUGCAUCCAUGGAAGGACUUCCCCUUCGCGGGCCUGGUCACGCUAAUUGGCGCGCUGAUGGCUCUGUUCGUGGACAUCGCGGCGAGCUCGCAUGUGGAGCACGCUCACUCGCACGCGCAGACGCAGUACGCGCUGGUCGGAGCACAGGAGAAGCUGGAAUCGGGCGAAUUGAAGGCCGAGUUGGGAGCGAGUUGCGAAAGGGAACGGCAAGCGGAGGAAAUGGCGAAAUUGAAGCAGAGACUGGUGUCGCAGGUUCUGGAAAUCGGAAUAAUCUUCCAUUCUGUGAUAAUCGGAGUGACAAUGGGAAUGUCUCAGAAUGUAUGCACCAUUAGGCCUCUCGUAGCUGCUUUGGCAUUUCAUCAAAUUUUCGAAGGGAUGGGUCUCGGCGGUUGCGUUGCUCAGGCAGGGUUUAGCUUUGGGACAACGGCCUACAUGUGCUUCAUGUUCUCAGUGACGACACCGAUGGGGAUUAUAUUGGGGAUGAUGUUAUUUUCAUUGACAGGUUAUGACGAUAGCAAUCCAAAAGCUUUGAUCAUGGAAGGCUUAUUGGGUUCAAUUUCUUCAGGGAUUCUGAUUUACAUGGCUCUGGUCGACCUAAUUGCAGUAGAUUUCUUUCACAGCAAGCUCAUGAGCUCAGAUCCAAGGUUGAAGAAGGCUUCUUUUGUUGCCUUAACUCUUGGAUCUACUGCUAUGUCAAUUCUCGCCCUGUGGGCUUGAACUUGUAACUUUUUUGUUUUCUUCUUUUUCUCUGAUUUACGUUUUCUCUUUUCUCUAAUGAAUAAUAACGCCUAGGGUUUACUAAUUAA